AUGUCAGGUGUUUUUGAAUCUGGAAGUGGUACUCUUACUCCACACGUUGCUAUAAAUCAUGAUUAUAGCAAUCCAGAAAAUAACAACUAUACAGCUAGAUCUCCAAUGUUCAAUAAAGGCUAUACUAAGUUUGAAUGGUGGAAGAGCAAGAUGUAUACGCAUAUUAUAGGCCUUGGUGAUGAGUUGUGGGAUAUUCUAGAAGAUGGAAUUGAUAUUCUAGUGAAUGAAGUUGGAAUGGUGUCUGAUAGAAAAGGUCUUACACCAUCUCAUAAAAAGGUCUAUAGAAAACAUCACAGAGUUAUAGGUAUCUUGGUUGAUGCUCCACCUCAUUCAGAGUACAUCAAAAUCAUUGACAAAUCUACUGCUAAGACCAUUGUUAGUUCCCUAUGUGCUACUUAUGAAGGGAAUCAACAAGUCCAGGAAGCUAAGGUUAACCUUUUGGUUCAACAUUAUGAUAUGUUCAUAAUGCAAGGGGAUAAAUACAUUGAAACUAUGUUCUCUAGGUUUCAAGUUCUUGUAUCUGAACUUCAGGUUCUGAUCAAGAGCUAUACUACAUCUGAUCAUGUAAAAAAUAUUCUUAGGAGUCUUCCUGUCAGAUACAGACCUAAAUUAAUAUCUAUACAGAAGGAUAAAGACUUAAACACAUUAAGUCUUGAAAGUCUCAUCCGUAAUCUUCAGAGCCAUGAGAUGGAGCUUAAUAAAGAUGAGCCUGUUAGAAGGACAAAUUGUCUUGUUUUUAAAUCUGUUGCUAGAACUGCACGAGCUCAUAAAGUAUGGGACUUUGAAGAAACUUCUUGCGCAUAA